UCAGGAUUUAAUGAUUGUGAUGAUGGUUGUGUUUCCUACAGUCAGCGCCUGGAAGCGCACUAGAUCUGUGGGGACCGUCUCAGUCAAUCUCUCCGCACAUUCGUGACUGCUUCGAGUCGAUCCUUGCAUCAGCAGCCUGGCCGACGGAAGUAUUUAUGCAUCCAGUCGUAGGGAAUGCGUAAGAAAGUUGUGAUGCGAUUCAGGAGGGAUUUGUUCCAGCAGUGACCAAUUCAGAUCGGAGUGGCGUAGUGAUAGGGUGUCGAGUGAGGCAGAAACAGCGUGAAGUUCAUCGAUAACGUGGGUUUCAGAACAUGAGUGCUGCAGUUCAUGCAAGCCAGUGGCGUGGUGCGCAGGUCGGGGGGUUGUGGUACGAGGAUGCGGAGCGGGCGAGAAGGACACAUGUGGAUACCGCGAGACACUGCGCGCAAUUGGACGACGAUGGCGUGAUUGAGCCUGGGCCGGAGGCGAUGCGCGCUCCCGAGAGCCCAUUCCAGUUUGCGGUUCCUGACUGUCUCCCUACUCCGAACGCUGGUUUCGCCUUGGAUUACCUGAGUUUGAUGGAGUCUCCGAAAUUGGACUCGCAGUUCGACUUCGAGCACCACUCCAGCGAUAAUGGUAGCACUGGCGAAAGUUUGCUGGUCGCGGAGGGGAGCUGGAAAGCUAGCAACGCGCGUGAGCCGAGCAGUGGACUGAGCUGGGCGACAUCGGUGUCUCAGAGCCUGAAGAAGGCGCUGGGGACCAACUUGGCAGAGCAGAUGCGUGAGACAGUGGGAGCGUUCGUGAACACGCUCAACGUGGCCGAAUACUCGACGUUGGGGUCGGUUAACGCAAUGAAGAGCACGAAGUCAAGGCCAUGCAGGAGUCUGAAGCCGCUGCUGGCGCUAGACAUACCUGGGAAAGUGCAGACGCGAACAGCCGUAGUUGGAGAUACCGUCAAUGUGGCCGUAGUUCGCACGGUUUCGAGUCCAUCGGGAUCCAAACGAGUGCAGUUCCAAGGGUCGGAGUCCAUUGCUGCGCAGUUCUCAGAGGUCGACGAGGCACUACCUCCACUGGACGGAAGCAUCGGCGACGAUAUGUCGUCGCUGUUCGAUUUGCUGGAGGAGCCCGCUUCACAGCCCAAAUCCGCCGGCGCGGAUGCGAAGGAAUCCGCUGGCGAAGUAGGGUUUAAGGUCUCCCCACCCUCACAGCACGAGAAGAUGACGGUGCAGAGGAAGGGCGCGAAGCAGCAAACAGCGUGGCAGCCGCACUACAGAGGAGUGAGGCACAGGCCGUGGGGAAAAUUCGCAGCCGAGAUCCGAGAUCCAGCAAAGAAUGGCGCCCGAGUGUGGCUGGGAACUUUCGACACGGCCGAGCUGGCGGGAUUGGCAUACGACAGGGCAGCACUCAAGUUGCGAGGCUCGCGCGCACUCUUGAACUUCCCCCUGAGGGCAACGACGGCUUUAUCCGAUCCGGAGUCUUUUCCUGCGCCGCCUGUGUCAUCCUCGACGCGCAAGUUCGCUCAAGGCUCGGCAGGUUCAUCUACAGGGCGACAGAGCCUGGGUCUGAGCUACACGGCGCGGUAUCCAGCUGUGGAGAUGGCGGGCACGUUCGUUCCGAAGAAGAGGGUGGGGUUGGGCUCUGGCACGGAUGCAACGAAGAGAUUGCGCGUGGAGGAUCUUUGUUGAACAGAGGUGGUGCGAGCCUGUGGUCACCGCACGCACAAGGAACGGACGUGUGGCGCAUGAAGCCGUGGAAUUGGGUGCCGGUGUUGGCUUCGGUUGAGGCACCGCACAGCAGGAGAUUGUAAAUUGCACUAGAGAUUGAAGUUCAUCUGCAUCAUCAUCAUCCUCCUCUGCUACUGAGAACUAUCACAAUACUUGGUUUAUUUUGUUAUAUUUUGUUUUUCUUUCUAUUCUCUUUUAUUGAGGCACGAUUCAAGCCUUGCUACAUUCUUUAGGAUUCCCGACCAGGCUGGUAGUGCGAAGCACCUCUGGCGUGAAGGAAUGCCGUGUACCAUGUUUUCAACCUUAAGGGGUACAUACACAAUUGAUUGCACCAAGAGUGCUGCCACUUGCCAUC